AUGGGGAAAAGGCCGCCGUACUCCACGGAUAUAGAGGCGGCUCAUUAUCCCCCGCCACCACCACCUCCUUACCAUUUUCCACAACCAACACAAUGGUUCUCAUGGUUGGUGCCACUCAUUUUUUUAGCCAACAUUGCAAUGUUUGUGUAUAGCUUGUAUAUCAAUGAUUGUCCUGCAUAUUUGAAUGAAAAUGAUUGUCUUUACCAUCAGUAUUUGGGAAGAUUCUCUUUUCAACCUUUCACCGAAAACCCUCUCCUCGGCCCUUCCGUUCGCACGCUGAGGGUAUUAGGAGCUCUUGAAAAGGACCUGGUGGUGGGUGAAAAUGAAGCAUGGCGUUUCUUUACUUGCAUGUUUCUUCAUGCAGGAGUUGUACAUUUACUGGCCAAUAUGUUUAGUCUUUUAUUCAUCGGAGUUCGCCUUGAGAACGAAUUCGGAUUUUUGAAAAUUGGACUACUGUAUAUGUUUUCUGGUUUUGGUGGAAGUUUGUUAUCAAUUUUGCAUUUGGGAGAUGCAGCAGUACCAAAUACAAUAUCGGUUGGCGCUUCCGGUGCACUUUUUGGACUUCUCGGAGCCAUGCUUUCUGAGCUUCUAACCAAUUGGACUAUCUAUUCAAACAAGUGCGCAGCUCUUACAAGUCUUCUGCUCAUUAUUGGCUUAAAUUUGGCUGUUGGAUUUCUACCUCAUGUGGACAAUUCAGCUCAUAUAGGAGGAUUUCUUUCAGGAUUUUUGCUUGGUUUCAUUCUUUUAAUGCGCCCUCAAUAUGGUUACGUGAACCGCAAAUAUAUACCUCCGGGAUAUCACGUAAAACGUAAAUCCAAAUAUAAAUGUUAUCAGUACUUCUUUCUGAUCUUGGCACUCAUUAUAUUACUUGCCGGGUAUGCAUACGGAUUAGCUUUAUUGUACCUAGGAGAACCAGAAAGAAUGUUUUACUUGUCACAGACUAAUCCAAUUUGA